AUCAACCUCGAGGGCCUUUCCACAUAUUCCUUCAUGGAUGUGGAGGGUGGCGCCAGCGCUGAUGAGGAGGGCAAGGAGGAUGGGGACACCGGCAAGGUUGACGUGGACCAGCUGUCGGAGGACGCCAUUUCCAGCGAUGAUGAGAGCGACGGAGACGAUGACAACGAAAGGACCCGCUGACCCAGCUCGACGACGAUGACGAAUUG